AUGGCUCCCAACAAACGAAAUAAACGACUAGGCUCUUUGUCAAACACACGACCACCAACGGUCAAGUCGAACCAUGCAAAGUUGUCAGCCAAAGCUACUCGCACACUGAUCCGAUCUCAUCACCAACUCCUCAAAGCGCGUGCGCAGGCUGAAAAAGCCGGUGAUGAGGCCCGAGUGAGCAGUAUCGACGCACAAAUCAACGCUAAUGGGGGUUUGGAAAGUUAUCAGACUGCCAGUAAGCUUGGUCAAUCGCUUGAACGUGGCGGAGAUUCAAGCAAGCUUCUUAUCGACUGGAUCAAGCCGCAGCUGAACGAAUGGGACACGGCCCUGCCCAAGCUUCGUGUACUAGAGGUUGGGGCACUAAGUACGAAGAAUGCGUGCUCGAGAACUCCAUCUUUGGAUGUGACUCGGAUCGAUCUGAACUCUCAAGAGUCGGGAAUUCUUAAACAGGAUUUCAUGGAGCGGCCUUUGCCGUCUACAGAUGCAGAGCGAUUCAAUUUGAUCAGUCUGUCGCUGGUUCUAAACUAUGUUCCUGACGCGACAGGACGGGGAGAAAUGCUCAAACGCUGCGUGAAAUUCUUGACUUCCGAAUGUCCUUUCUCGUUUCCUCCGACUCUCUUUCUCGUUCUACCAGUCGCAUGCGUUGACAACUCGCGCUAUCUCACUGAAAACCGACUUCUCGAAAUCCUAGCUUGUUUGGGCUUUGUGAUGGUACAGAGCAAGCGAACUUCCAAACUCAUCUAUCAGUUGUGGAAUCAUACAGGCGCCGUGUCGCCAAAACCAUUCAAGAAAGAAAUGCUCAACCCUGGCCACAAGAGGAACAAUUUCGCAAUCAUUCUGAAUAAAGGAUGA